AUGAGCUGCACAAAGUCCCUCCUGUCCUGCAGCGUAGCUCAGUCUCGUCUGCUCAGAACAAACCUAUCGAACCCAAGUUGGUCCCGGUUGCGCUGGCUGUGUCGAUCCCGCCAUACCACCUCCCAAGAGCGCCGUCUUCCUCGCAUAGCUCAAUCUUCCAUAUGGGACUCGAUCAUUCCUAGAGCUUUUCGAGACAGAUCGCUAUCCCAUGAGCAGUCCGUGCACAAGAAACCCUCGAACCCGGCGACAUAUUUCAUAUGGAUCUAUAUCCUGAUCGGCUCUCAAGCCAUUCGAAUCAUUGGUGUCAAGAACGAAUUCACGGCCUUUUCUCGCAGAGCGGAUGUCAAGAUAGAAAAGCUUAGAGAGGUCGUCAAAAGGCUACAGAAUGGUGAAGAAGUGGACGUGGAGAAGAUCCUGGGCACAGGAGAUGAUAAACAAGAGCGCGAAUGGGAAGAAGUGUUGGAAGAAUUGCAGAGAGAGGACAGAGUAUGGCAAAGCAACAAGGAGAAAAGUCGCGAAGUGAAAGAACGCCUGGCUAAGGAAGAACAAGACGCCAAUCCUGUCAACGACGUUCAAGAAAGGGCUCUAGCGGCUGAUCCGUUACCUCCAUCGUCUAAUAAUGCUUUUCCACGAAGUCCCGGAUUCUACUGA